GGCGGCUGAGGAGACGGCAGAGGAGGAGGAGGCGGAGGACAGGAAAGUGGAGACACGAAGCUUCGGGAAUCCGCAGUAGGAGACCUGGAGAUUAUUUUAAGGCUCAACAAAUGCAUUCCAGACUCGAACCCUGCUGUAUUCCUUGGACGCCGCCUCCUUUAAAGAACUGACUUCUUAAAUCAGAGGUAAGAAAGGAGAAGGUCGAAGAAGAUGCUGGGAUCUGAACGUGGUGUGGUGGAAGAAUGGUUAUCCGAAUUCAAGGCAUUACCUGAAACUCAGAUCACUAACUAUGCGGCAACUCUGCACCGGAAAAAAACAUUGGUACCAGCUCUGUACAGAGUCAUUCAGGACUCGAACAGUGAGCUCCUGGAGCCCGUUUGCCAUCAGCUCUUUGAGCUCUACCGGAGCUCCGAAGUUCGUCUUAAGAGAUUCACGCUGCAGUUCUUGCCGGAAUUGAUAUGGGUUUAUUUACGGCUCACGGUCAGCCGGGACCGGCAGAGUAAUGGCUGCAUCGAAGCCCUCCUGCUGGGGAUCUACAAUUUGGAGAUUGCUGAUAAAGAUGGAAACAACAAAGUUUUAUCUUUCACUAUCCCCUCCUUAUCCAAGCCUUCGAUAUAUCAUGAGCCCUCCACGAUUGGGUCGAUGGCCUUGACAGAAGGAGCACUGUGUCAGCACGAUCUCAUCAGGGUAGUUUAUAGUGACCUUCAUCCUCAGCGGGAAACCUUCACAGCCCAGAACAGAUUUGAAGUCCUGAGUUUUCUGAUGCUGUGCUACAACUCCGCCAUCGUCUACAUGCCUGCCUCCUCAUAUCAGUCACUCUGCCGGAUGGGCUCCAGGGUUUGCGUCAGUGGGUUUCCCCGCCAACACGAGAAACACUGGAAAGAAAAAUGCGGACGAGUAGUAUUGGAUCCCGACUUUAUGGUGCAGCUUCUCACGGGUGUUUACUAUGCUAUAUACAAUGGCCAGUGGGCCCUUGGCCAGGAAGUCCUGGAUGACAUAAUAUACAGAGCGCAGUUGGAACUCUUUUCUCAGCCACUACUGGUCGCGAACGCCAUGAAGAAUUCCUUGCCGUUCGACGCUCCCGAUUCGUCCCAAGAGGGCCAGAAAGUGCUUAAAGUCGAGGUGACUCCCACGGUGCCGCGGAUCUCUCGGACGGCGAUUACCACAGCUUCGAUCCGCCGUCACCGCUGGAGGAGGGAAGAUGGCUUCGACUUCUCAAACGAGGCCGACGGGAGCGCCCCCGGCUCCCCGCUCCAGCGGCGCUCCACAGACGUGGGGACCAAACGUGCGCGAGAGGGGGAGGCGCGCAGGACCCCCGAGCCCGGCUCGCCGGAGCCCACCUCGGCAGCGGCCGACGCAGAGGGGGCCGAGGGGGCGAACGGCGGAGAGGACCCGGCGAACCCGAUGGACGCAGACGAAGGGUUCUCGUCGGGGGCGUCCCUCAGCGGCCAGCCCGUCGGGACCAAACCGUCGUCGUCGUCGUCGUCGUCCUCCCAGAGGAGCAGCUUACGGAGAGCGGCGGGCGGGCGGCCCGCCAAGGAGAAGGAGACGGCCGCUGCCGCCAAACCCAGCGAGAGCCCCCGGGAGGCCGGUGGCCGGAAGCAGCCCGUCCAUCCGCCCGCCGACCCGAGCGGCGAUCCCACGGAGCUGACGCCGGCCAAGAAGCACCUGAGCCUCCCGGCCGGCCAGGCGGUGCCAAAAGCCAGCAGCUUGACUCUGAUCCGGACCGCCAGCGCUUCCUCCGGUCAGUCUUUCGACUACGUGAACGGCGGCCGAGCGGGCCCCGGCGGGGCCGCCGAGGGGGGAGCCAGUCUGGCCGCCAGCCACGCCAAUCGGUUUUCCACCAUCAGCCUGCAAGAAGACCGGCUCGGUCAGCCCGGGGAGGGGAAAGAGCUGCUCGGUCCCGGAGCCCCUUUGACCAAGCAGUCGCGAUCCCCAAGUUUCAAUAUGCAGCUGAUCUCGCAGGUGUAGCGCUUGCC